AUAGGACAUGAUUACGUGUAUGGGGCUCAGCGCAGUAGUUGUGUGAUAAUAUUAUGUGUCGUCAACGGAAACGAAUAAGUUCCAGAAAAGCGAGAAGAUGGCUGCCUGGAUGUCGGCAAGAGUUAUCUUAAGUCCCGUUGUACAGCGGACAAUAAAACAGAUUUUAUUUGGCGGAGAAAUUACUAAAUACCAUCAUAAUGUGAAGGUAACAAAGUGGUUUCUUCCAGCAUCAAAUUUUCAGCGUUGUUAUGCCACGGAGAAGAAGGUAUUUUCACGCGACAAACCACAUUGCAAUGUAGGGACUAUUGGCCAUGUAGAUCAUGGAAAAACUACCCUCACAGCAGCUAUUACAAAAGUCUUAGCUGAUAAAGCACUUGCAAAGCUGAAGGGCUAUGCUGAAAUUGAUAAUGCCCCAGAGGAAAGGGCUCGUGGUAUCACUAUCAACGUUGCUCAUAUCGAGUAUCAGACAACAAACAGACAUUAUGGCCACACAGACUGCCCUGGACACGCAGAUUAUAUAAAGAAUAUGAUUACUGGUACAGCCCAGAUGGAUGGAGCGAUUCUUGUAGUAGCUGCAACUGAUGGAGCUAUGCCACAAACACGAGAGCAUUUACUGCUCGCGAAGCAGAUCGGUAUCAAUCAUAUUGUCGUAUUUAUUAACAAGAUUGAUGCAGCUGACCAGGAGAUGGUGGAAUUAGUGGAAAUGGAGAUACGAGAACUAAUGACGGAGAUGGGCUAUGAUGGAGACAAUGCUCCUGUUGUUAAGGGGUCAGCUUUAUGUGCUCUUGAAGGCAAAAAUCCAGAGAUUGGUGCUGAUUCUAUAAUGAGCUUGCUAGAAAACAUAGACAGUCACAUCCCAACACCAACGAGAGAACUUGAUAAACCAUUCCUUCUUCCAGUUGAAAAUGUGUAUUCGAUCCCAGGCCGUGGAACUGUAGUCACAGGUAGACUGGAAAGAGGAGUUAUUAAGAAAGGAAAUGAAUGUGAAUUCGUCGGACACAACAAGACGAUGAAGAGUACAGUUACAGGUGUUGAAAUGUUCCACCAAAUCCUAGAAGAAGCGCAUGCAGGUGACCAAUUAGGUGCACUGGUAAGAGGGAUAAAAAGAGAAGACAUUCGUCGUGGGAUGAUAAUGUGUAAACCAGGCUCGGUAAAGGCCCAAGAUCAUGUUGAAGCUCAGGUGUAUAUUUUAAGUAAGGAAGAAGGUGGUCGAGCGAAACCCUUCACAUCAUACAUUCAACUUCAGAUGUUCUCGAGAACAUGGGAUGUUGCAGUACAAAUCAUUAUUCCUGAUAAGGAAAUGGUUAUGCCUGGGGAGGAUUCCAAGUUGGUUUUGAGAUUAUUUAAACCCAUGGUUUUGGAACAAGGUCAGAGGUUUACCCUUCGAGAUGGUACAUUGACUCUGGGAACAGGUGUUGUUACAAAAGUGAUGCUAGGCCUUAGCGAGAAGGAGAGACUGUUGAUUGUAGAAGGAAAGAGAGCAUGCCAGGCGGCGGCGGCAACUGCACAGACAGGAUAGGCUCAGUUAGCUGCUUGGUCACAAGCGAACAUUAAGCAAAACUCCAUCGAUAGCUAAUAUGUAAGUGAAGAGAACGUUGCUUUGAACGAGUUCAAGGAUGACAGAAUUUGUUCAGUCCUAUUGUUUAUAAUAUAAAUGCAUGACUUCCAUGGCAAAAUAAACGUGUGAGGAAAUCUGGGCUCAGUAAUAUCACGUGUCUUUUCGGUGAGUGCAUUCUCUGAGCUGACGUGUAUGUAAAAUUGUUUUGUGAAUACAUACUGACAUCAGGAGCCAAUCGUGUAGCUUUAUUUUGACUAGACUAGGCAGGUUUCGUAAAUCCUUUCAGAGUCCAUAUAUUUUAGUGAACACAGUAAAUAAGAUCACGUUUUGCAUUUAAUACAAUAAUCCCAUUUCAAGUGUCAAGUUCCUGUGUUGAUAGCAGUGGGAUAUUAUAGCUAACGACUAAUUUUGAGUUUCUUCACAAUUAAAAUAUCAGCCACAUUCAUAUCUCAUAUAAUGGAACUUGUAUAUAAUCUGUGCUUUUUGUUUUGUAUCAAAUUUGUAACCAAGGAAGGUAAGAAUUCCUUUAUUGAUCAAUUUGAUUUAAGGAUUUAUUUACUUGUUUGUGAUUUAAUGAUUCUGUCAAUAGCUUAGAGCAGUGGUAUUCAACCUUUUUUUGUUCGCGUACCCCCAGAUAUAAUUUCCCUUCAACUUUGUAUCCCCAAAGUUGGUGUAUAAUUCAUGUUAUGCAUAGUAUAUAAUCUACAUCUAAAAUAAAUUACAUUUCUGAUUAUUCAGUGUUUAUCAUAAAAUAAUAUAUAAUUUUUUUAAAUUUUACAUACUCCAGGUUGAAUACCACUGGCUUAGAGUAUGUAAUAUCCACUUUGAAUAUCCUUGCUGUAAUGACACACCAAAACAAAUAUUGGUAAUUUAAAACCAAAGAGCUUAUCCUAUGGUUUAAUUAACAUACAUGAUCGGGUCUGCAUAUCUUUGGCAUGCGCUUAAAAUAUGUGAUUUCUGCAGUGUGUUAACUCAUGAACAUUGUGUGAAUCACAUGAAGGGGGAUUUCCCCGGCCAGUUAGCCAGUGAAAGGACAGCAUGCUAUCACUUGAUGAUGUUCUGUUUGCACUCACUCCAUAUUUAAGCCAAAUCAUAUAUAGGACAAGUAUUCCUGGUGUAAACAAAGUUUUGAUUUAUCAGGUGUGGCAGCCCCCAAAUUUUCAUGAUCUCAAAUUCCUGUAAGAAGGGUCAGUGCCUUGAUAUUCAGGUCCUCUUUCGAAGUGGAACUUUAAUUUUAACUAAAUGCCCUUAGAAGAGUACAGGUUGAACUAUUGAAUUCUAGCACGCAUGAACUUGAAUCUCUAAUAACAACACAUUGUCCUAGAAGUCAUGCAUUACAUUGAAGUUUACUUAUUAUAAUAUAUGACUGUGUUAGUGUUCGUAGUAGAGGUGCAAAAGUGUUUGCAGCUAAUUGUAAUGUAUGAAAAGUGUUGAUCAACUUUAGUAACUUUGUGUUUGCUGUAUCACAAAUCAAUUGAAAUAUAGUUCUCCGUUUUGUUACAAAACA